AUGACAGAAGUUGCAACUAAUAACAAUAAUCAAGCUGAUUUGGAGGCUAAAUACCAAGUACCUUCACCUCAACAACAACAACAGCAACAACAACCCCAGAUCAUUACUACUCCUGUCUAUGCAGCUCCUACGGUAGCUAAUCCAGGUCCUUUGGGUCUUAGUUCCUUUGCUCUGACUACCUUUGUCUUAUCUUUGCACAAUGCAGGUGCUGGUUUACCUGCAGAUGGCCCCAAUAAUGUUGUUGUGGGUUUAGCUCUCUUUUAUGGUGGCCUUGUUCAGAUAUUGGCGGGUAUGUGGGAAUUCCGAACUGGUAACACAUUUGGUGCUACUGCAUUUUCUUCUUAUGGUGGAUUCUGGUUAUCUUUUGCAACCAUCUUUAUCCCUGGUUUUAAUGUUAUUGAGUCUUAUGCUAAAGUGCCAUCUUCUGUCUUGGAGCAAUCUCUCGGUAUCUAUUUGCUCUCAUGGGCUAUAUUCACGGGUAUUUUGCUUAUCGCUUCCCACCGAUCCUCAGUUGGUUUGAUCAGUUUAUUCUUCUUCCUCUUUAUUACCUUUAUUCUCUUGGCUGCUGCUAAAUUCAAUAACAGUUUGACUACUCAAGUUGCUGGUGGUGCAUUUGGUGUGAUUACUGCCAUUAUUGCUUGGUAUAAUGCUCUCUCUGGUCUCUUGACAAAGGACUCCUCUCACUUCCUCUUACCCACGGGUCGUCUCAACUAAAAAAAAAAAUUGAAAUAGCGGGAAAAUUCUUUCCCUACUAAAAGCAACCCCACACUUUCCUUUAAUAUUAUUUGUCUAUCCUUACAAUCUAUUAUUUUCUCUUAAUAACUUAAUUAUUACUGCAGUAAUAAACUAUCGUUUUUUUUUUGUUUACUCAA